AUGGAGCUAAAGAGAGGAAAGACCUUCAUCAAAUCCAGCCUGCAGAUUUCCCACGAGAAACCCCUGGACCCAGCAGCCACUGUCCUGGCCAGAGAGGAUGCAGGCCCCUGGUCAGUCUCACCGGAAGGGCAGCAGCAGCCCCACGGUGAGAAGGGCCCCCAGGUCAGCCCCAGCACCCAAGGACAUGACAAAUGUUCCAACAAGGGGGGACAACCAGACCCUGAGGUGGGUGCUGCAGCUUUCUGUGGGGCCACCUUCAAACUGGUGCGGAAGAGCAAGACUCACGACAAUGUGCCUGAGGCUGGCCGGGCGGGCGCAGCCACGGGGCAGCUGGUGGGCAGUGCAAGCUUCCCAGGGCCCUCCGGCAGCCAGCGCAUGAUUGACUACCGCCACUUUGUGCCCCAGAUGCCCUUCGUGCCAGCCGUGGCCAAGAGCAUCCCAAGGAAGAGAAUUUCCCUGAAACGACCCAAGAAGUGCUUUCGGAACCUCUUCCACAUUCGCAGAAACAAGACUGAGAACUUGGCCUCGCUGGCGACCAGUGGGAAGAGACUUUCCUCCCCCGGGGGCCCCUCAGAGGCUGGAGGGCAGCCAGGCAAAGCCUUCUUCCCCUGGGGCGAGGGGCUGGCGUCCGAUGGCCUGUGCCAGGACCUCUCUGACAGCGAGCUCUUGCCUGACUCUUCCUUCGACCUCUGCAGUGCCCUGUGUGAGGACGUGGCCUCACUCAAGAGCUUUGACUCACUCACGGGCUGCGGGGAGAUCUUUGCAGAUGAGAGCUCAGUGCCAUCCCUGGAGCUGAAUGAGGGCCUGGAGAGCCCAGCCGGGGCAUCGCAAGCCCUUGAGAGCAGGGUUCCCAGGGGCCCCUUCCAGGGCAGUGUGGAGCAGCUGGCUUCGCCUGCCCAGAACGAGAUGUCUGACUUCGCCAAGUUCUGGGACAGUGUGAAUCAGUCAGUGAAGCAGCAGCAGCGGGUCCUCCUGGGCCCUUGGCUGGGGGUUCCCCAGGGGACAGACACAGACCAGCCCAGACUGGAUGCAGCUGGUCUUGCUGAGCUCCCUCUGUGCCCCUGCAAGGACCCCCACAAUGGCUCCAAAGCCAGUUCUGUAGACACAGGCACCCCCAAGAGUGAGCAGCCUGAAUCCCUCUCCACGAGUGACGAGGGCUACUAUGACUCCUUCUCACCAGGCCUCGAGGAGGACAAGAAGGAAGCCCUGAGCCCAGGCAUGCCUGCAUCUACCUUCCCCCGGGACAGCUACAGUGGAGACGCCCUCUAUGAGCUCUUCUAUGACCCACGUGAGGGCCCUAUUGGCCCGAGCCUUGAUGAUGAGCUGUGCGUGUCCGAGAGUCUGUCAGGGCCAGCACUGGGGGCACCACUAUCCAUGUGCAGCUUCCACGUCGGGGCGGAGGAGAACUUGGCUCCAGCGCUGGGCCCAGACCUGCUCAGCCAGGGCUUCUUGCAAAGCUCCUGGAAGGGCAAGGAGUGCCUGCUGAAGCUCUGUGACACUGAGCUCGCCAUCACCAUGGGCAUCAUCAACUGGCUCCGCCGUGGCCCUGAGCCCCGCACCCCACCUACCUCGGCCCCUGGGGAGCCCACAGCCCUGUCCGGGGAGCUGUCGGGGAAGCUGCAAGGUGACUCUGAGAAGAAGGGCCCAGGUCCAGCAAAGCUGGAGGGCAGGGGGUCCCAGGCCUCAGAGGCAGGUUGGAUAACCGUGGGCUCAGCACCCAGCAGACAGGAGCUCUGGGCAGGUUCAGUCACCAAGGACCUGCUUGCUGGAGAGAGCGAGGUUCUAGCAGGGGCUGAGCGGGGGGCCAGCUCGCUGUCCAGGGACCCAUCUCUGGAUGGUGUGCAGGUCUCUGGGGAAGAAGGGACACAAGGCCACCCUGAAGGCUCAUUCUCCUCUGUGGGGUCUGCAGCCUCUGCAACAACAGACACUUCCAGGAAAAACAAGGUCCCAAAUCCCUCAGCCUGGCCUGGCUCCCAGGAGCCUAGGCCAUCUGGGAACCUGGGGUGUUUGCAAAGUCCCUGGAGGUCAGGUCUUGGUGGAAGCACCCUGGAUGCAGAGCCCACCCUGACAGGCUGUGUGGCUCAGGUGGCAGCACUGCAGAUCCACCCAGACUGCCAGCCCCCUGCUGCACAGCCCUCAAGGCCAGAUAUGGGCAGUGGGCUCUGCGGGCAGCCUCAGGCUAGGAGCCCUGACAUUCUGCAGCAGAGGCAGCCUAACAGCUUCCAUAGCGUGGCUGCCAUCUGUGUCCUGCCCUCCCUGGGCAGCCCACUCCACAGCCCACAGGACCAGAGGUGCCCGGGCCGCAUCCUGGACCUGAGCCGGCUCAGGGUGGAGCCUACCAGGCUGCAUGCCCAGACCAGUGCCUCUCUGGAGGACCAGCCCCUGCAGCUCAGCUUGAGGGCCCCGGAACAGGCAGCACACGGGGGCCAGCUGGACUCGUAGCUUCGUUCAGGCCCUGCUGCCGGGCUGAGCCCCCGGGGCCACCUGCUCACUUCUGACAGCCAGCAGGAGGGCCCCCCCGCAAGUGCUCCAGAAAGCCGCUGCAGCUUCCUGGCCCUUGAGGGCCUCCUCUGCAACCAGCUAGAAGUGGGGGCCCCCCGGCCAGCCAUGGCUGAGCCCCACCUGUAG